CUUCUGCACUGGUCUGUGUCUCUCCGCGCCAUAAGAAGCCAUGUCACCAUCUCCCAGGGAAACCAUUGUCAUUACCGGCGGUGGUGGAUAUUUUGGACACAGGUUGGGUUGCCGUUUGUCUGAGAAUGGAAUCAACGUGGUUCUUUUCGACAUAAGAAAGCCCGCUCAGGAUCUCCCGGAUGGAAUCCGGUUUAUACAAGGGGACAUUCGCUCUCUGUCUACGGUAGAAGACACCUUCACCAACGCCAGUUGCGUCAUCCACACAGCCUCCUACGGGAUGUCAGGCCGGGAACAACUGCAAACGCAACUCAUCGAAGAGGUCAACGUGAAGGGCACAGAAAACGUCAUCCAAGCUUGCCUGAGUAAAGGUGUCCCAAGGCUUGUGUACACCAGUACAUUCAACGUGGUGUUUGGAGGGCAGAAGAUUCAAAAUGGAGACGAAUCUAUGGAAUAUCUACCUCUGCAUCGCCAUGCCGACAACUACUCCCGCACCAAGGCCAUGGCUGAGAUGAAGGUGCUGAUGGCCAACGGGCUCGAGCUGGCCAGUAAAAGCGGGUACUUAAGGACUUGCGCUCUUCGGUCGGCCGGUAUCUAUGGGCCCGGGGAACAAAGGCAUCUUCCGAGGAUCAUUAAGACUGUUGACCAAGGUUUGUUCAUGUUCUUGUAUGGCGAUCACCAGAACCAGGUGCAGUUUGUGCACGUCGACAAUCUAGUAUCGGCCCACGUUUUGGCAGCUGAAGCCCUAACGGAAGAGAAAAGCCACGUCGCGGCUGGAAAGCCAUACUUCAUUGCAGAUAGCCAUCCGGUUGACAAUUUUGAGUUCUUGCGGCCUUUCAUUGAGGGCCUCGGGUAUGAAUACCCCACCUUCCGCCUCCCCCUCUUCUUUGUAUACCUCAUGGCCUACCUCACAGAAUGGCUUCAUUUUCUUAUCAGGCCUCUCUGUAACUUCCAGCCGCUACUGACCCGCGCCGAAGUGUACAAAACCGGCGUUACUCAUUACUUCAACCUGGAUAAAGCCAAGAAGGAGCUUGGAUACGACCCCAAGCCGUUCAAAAUGUCCAAAGUCACGGAAUGGUAUAAAGCUCAGGGAUACGGAAGGGCGGCGACAAAGGGCAAAACGUUUAACUUCCUUUUGGACCUGGUGUUGUGCCUCUUGUUUAUUAUUGUGCUGCUUGCUUGGUUGCCUACAGUGGUGGGGUAG